UUUAUGUACAGUACUGACAGCUCACUGUACCUCACAGCACUGACACUGCAGAAGCACGUGAACCUGCUGGGCUCCUAUCUCGUUUCUGCACUAAAGGGGAAAUGCAGUUUCAUCAACACUGUUAAAGAACUUUGAAUUCAUAUCAGGGUGGAGGUUUCCAUAAUUUGCAAAUGCCGAUAAGUGACAUGUGGCAAGAUGGCAAUGGCCUCGACACAAUGGGCGAGAUUGACAGUAAUGGCAGCUGUGACAGUGUGGUCAGCUUCAACUCAUGCUUUAGUGAUGCAAGUAUGGAGUAUCUCUCUGCUGAGGAGAGGGCUUGUCUCAUGUACCUAGAGGAGACCAUUCAGUCACUGGAUACAGAGGAUGACAGUGGCCUAUCCAAUGACGAGUCUGAUCAGCUGCCAGCUCGAGGAAAUGUAGCUAACAAAGCAGCCCACCUUUUCUCAUUGAAAGGACUCAACGAGCUCCCUAGUCAAGAUGUGCCCAAAAGCCAAUUUGAAGGUCCAUUGUCAUCUAGCAGCUUGGUGCAAAAUGAAAUUCUGAAUUAUAUGGUUCCUACUCCAUUUGUCCUUGCAAACCGCAACUCACGAAUCCAAACCAAACAUGAAUUAGCUGCAUCCCAGAAAAAGACGGCACCCAAAGUGGCUUGUGAAAGUAACCAGCUCCAUGAAGAAGCUCCACGAGUACCCUCAGAGGUCAAUGUGAUAGUGAUACCACCUCCAUAUAAAAUCAAUGGCAGUAAAGAUACAGCGGAAGAACAACAAAAUAAACCUCAGCCAGAGAAUGUGGCACGUAGAGGACCACUUUCGUAUGAAGCACUGGUCCAUCUGCGCAAGAGUGCUUCAAUGCGGAGAACCAAUGCAACUGAAGCCAAAACCGAAGAACAGCAGGUUUCUACAAAUAAAAAUCACGAGGGAAGCAUCUCUGUAGCCCAAACUCAUACCCAGAACUCACAGGCCAUGACAACUAGGAACUCCAAGCCCACUCCUCCACCUGUGGCCCCUAAACCUAAAAUGAAAACCCCUCACAAAGUCCCAAUGAACCAGGAAGGAGACUCCAACUCCAAUAUCAACUCAACCAUGCCUUGCCCAGGGGUAUUGUCUGUAGAGAAAUUAAUGAACCCAGAGAAAGUAAGAGCAGAGGCUCUUUGCAAGCUGGGUCUCCUUAAGGAUACGAACCCAAUCUGUCAACAACUAAAGCAUUCACAGUCCCCAGCAAACAAAGAGCAAAACCAGACCACAAGUGAACGUCUUGCUCCAAGUGUUCCUGCAAGACCUGGAGAACAAAUAAACCAGCCAGUACAAAGUUGCAGCACUCUCCACCAAAGGUGCGACCUUUCUACAGCUUCAUCUCAUCCGCAACAUGCUGAUAUGACUUCAACUGGGACAUCUGCCACACUGAAACACACUGGGAUUGUCCUGACAAGUUCUAACAUCACAGUCUUGAAUGCAAUUUCUCAGAACCCCCAAUCAGGUUCUUCUACAGUAGGAGCCAAAAACCACUUUACAGACACUCAAAUGGAUUCUAAUGAAUUGGUAUCCACAAAAACACAAUUGCAUACAUCAUCUCGUUUCAAAGGCUUCAACGUGCCGGUUCCCAGCAUUGGAAGAGAUCGGAGAGAGGCAUUACGAAAACUAGGAUUGCUGAAAAACUGAAAUUUGCUGAAUGUAUGCUCUCUGCAAGUCAUGAUGCAUCAAACACUGUUUCCGGGUCCAAACCUCCUCUCCAUUUAAAGGAACACUCCACUAUUUUUUGAAAAUAGGCUCAUUUUCCAACUGCCCUAGUGUUAAACAGUUGAG